UCCUCUUUCGCUCGCAUCGAAAGCCCUAAAUCUCCACUCUCGCGCCUUUUGCCGUUCUCGGUUCUCAGAAUCUCAACCAUGGCGGCGGCGAGCGAGCACACCGUCUUGCAGUUCGUGGCUCCGUCAUCGACAGCCUCCGCGACUACCCCUGUGCUCACGGCGAGGAUCCAUCCUCUCGUUAUCUUUAACGUCUGUGACUGCUUCGUGAGACGUCCCGACUCGGCCGAACGAGUCAUCGGCACUCUGCUCGGAUCUAUCCUACCUGACGGAACUGUCGAUAUCCGCAAUUCAUACGCCGUUCCUCACAAUGAAUCUUCCGAUCAGGUUGCUGUGGAUAUUGAUUACCACCACAAUAUGUUAGCUUCGCACCUCAAGGUGAAUCCAAAGGAAGUAAUGGUUGGCUGGUAUUCUACUGGUUUUGGGGUCAAUGGAGGUAGUGCACUGAUUCAUGAUUUCUAUGCUAGAGAAGCUACCAACCCAGUUCACCUAACUGUGGACACUGGUUUUACAAAUGGUGAGGGUACCAUAAAAGCUUUCGUCUCUUCGAACCUUUCACUUGGUGAUAGGCAACUCGCUGCACAGUUUCAAGAGAUUCCUGUUGAUCUCCGCAUGGUUGAGGCUGAGAGAGUCGGAUUCGAUGUCCUGAAGGCAACAUCUGUUGACAAACUCCCAAAUGACUUGGAAGGAAUGGAGCUAACAAUGGAGAGGCUGUUGACUUUGAUCAACGACGUCUACAAAUAUGUCGAUAGUGUCGUGGAAGGUCAAACAUCUCCAGACAACAAUAUAGGACGAUUCAUUGCAGAUGCAGUAGCCUCCCUUCCCAAACUACCCCCACAAGUGUUCGAUAACCUCGUGAAUGAUAGUCUCCAGGACCAGUUGCUUCUGUUGUACCUAUCAAGCAUAACAAGGACACAGUUAAGUCUAGCGGAGAAGCUAAACACAGCUGCUCAAAUGCUGUAAUAAGCUUUUUGAAACACAAGGGUUUUGCUAAAAAAGUGGGAAGGGUUGCUUUUAGUUUCAACUUUAUUUUUGUUGUUUUCACAAGCUUGUGUAAGAUUCAGUCUCUUGUUGUAGCUUUCCUAAAUUGCAAUUCAGAAAAGAGACAAAAGGCUCAGUUUCAUGAGUUAAAGAAGGAGAUUUAGUGGGUCUUAAAGAAGAUACAUGAAUAUGAGCUAUAUAUUCUUCUUUUUUUUUCAAA